GGAACAAUCAUACAAGGUUUGCUCAGUCAGACAGACCGGAAUUUCUCGGCGAACAAUACUCAAAGACGCAAGAUACCUUGAUUAGGUUCGAGGAUACCUGUAACGCCGAAGUCUCAUUUAAGGCAGCAGACCAGAUCUGAGGCCUGAAGCGUGAAGUCGAAAUUUGGCUUUGUCCCUCUGUCCUUGCUCAACCGCUAUUGAACCAUGACGACUACUGCUGCAGUAUUUCUCCAAACUCUGUCUCGUGCAGGCAUAACUCAUGCAUUCGUAAAUUGGGGUAACGAUCAUCCCGCUUUCUUAGAAGAACUCGAGAGACAACGUGUCGGGAAUGACGGUAACACCGAUGUCCAGAUCGUGACAUGCCCAAACGAGAUGGUUGCACUCAGUGCAGCUCAGGGUUAUGCUCAAGUUACGCGUAAACCGGCUGCGGUAAUCGUACAUGUCGAUGUGGGAACGCAGGCUCUCGCUGGUGCCGUUCAUAACGUUGAUAGGGCUCGAACGCCUGUCCUAAUUUUUGCAGGGGCCGCUCCGUUCUCUGGUCAAGGAGAACUCAAGGGCUCUAAAAACGAAUGGCCCAUGUGGCCCCAAGACGUUCCGGACCAACCUGCAAUUGUCCGACAAUACAUGCGAUAUACGGCUCAAAUAUUGAGUGUAAAGAAUGUACCAAAGGUAGUCAUGCGAGCGCUUCAAUUUGCUACGAGCGAUCCUCGAGGUCCAACUUACUUGUGGGCCAGAAGAGAGGUUUUGGAAGAAGAAUCCGGACCAUCGACUACAUCUACGAACAUCAACAUCAUGAAGUGGCCGUCCAUCCAACCAACCGCUUUGAAUUCCGAGGCGGUACAAAGAAUUAGUGCAGCCCUUCUUACAGCCCACUUCCCGUUGAUUAUCACUGGACACUCCGGACGCAACCCAUGUACAGUCCCUCUUCUGACUGCACUUUCCAAUCAACUCGGCAUAGCGAUAUAUGUCUCUUGUCCUUCGGCCGUCUGUGUACCGUAUUCGCAUCCAACUUACCUUGGGAUGUCCUUUGGCGGCAAGAAUCCCAUACUUCACGAAGCCGAUGUAAUACUCAUUCUUGAUACGGACGUGCCAUGGGUUGAUGCACAAGAAAAUACGCCAAAGCAAGACGCGAGAAUCUUUGUAGUAGAUCCAGACCCUUUGAAACAAGGCAUGGGCUGGUCUCAUGUCGACGCAGAGUUGGUUUGUAGGGCUGAUGCGGAGGUGGCACUUUCGCAACUGCAUGAGGCGGUCAAUUUACCAGGCCUCCCAAUCUCCCCGGACUCGAAAAAAAUUCUGUCUCGUAAAGAAAACCUCCAACAAAGGCACGACGAAUGGAUCCAUCGGUUGCAAGCCGUGGAAACGACAUCAGUUGAUGGUCCCACGCCGACGGUUGUUAGCAUAAUCUCGACCUUACGCCAGACUGUCAUAGAGUUAACACCAAGCCGAGGUCAAAAGACGCUUUGGAUUAACGAGUGUUCAAGCAAUCUUCCAAUCGUCUUCGAUCAUGUUCGCCCGGACAUUCCAGACAGCAUGAUAUGUUCCGGUGGCACAAGUAUAGGCUACUGUCUCGGCGCUGCGGUCGGAGCACAACUAGGAGCCAAAGUUGCCGGGAAAGAACCUGAGCUUACACUUGUUGUUGUAGGAGAUGGAACCUUCUUAUUCUGCGUUCCGAGCGCGGCAUAUUGGAUGGCCAGACGAUAUGAAACGCCACAUCUAACAAUCGUGUUGAACAAUGGUGGAUGGGCUUCACCUAUUAAUUCUAUGAAAGGAAUCUAUCCCGCUGGCCAUGGGAGCAGAGCUUCCGGAGACAGACUAUCUGUGGGAUUUGGACCGGAUAUGCCAGACUACGGCCAGAUAGCUGCGGCAGCCGGAGGGGCGUGGGCUGCUAAGAUUGAAUUACCGGGAUCUGAGAAAUCCAUCCUCAAAGAAGCCGUCAGAAUUGUUCUUGAGGAAAAGAGGUGUGCCGUUGUUGAAUGUGUAGUGGAAUCAAUAUAAGCUCCUCGGUACCCUACAGCUUGAAAUAGAGGCGUUAUGAAUAACCCACUUCCAACUACUCA